UUCACUCUCGUCUCGCGCUCGAACACGGGCAGAGCAUGCGCACUCUCCGGCCGUAGGAAGGAGAGAGUAGCGUCUGUUAUUAACGAAAAAAGCAUUUACCUGGACUAUAGCUUAGGAAAGUGUUCUAUCGUCUUCGUUUUUUUUCUUUCGUGUUCACUAUCAACUUGACUUUGCGGAGAAGUGUGAGGUUUCUGGCCUUGUGUGUGAAAUUUUCUCCGUCGGUGGACAUCGGAAGCACAAACUCCCACCAAGAAGUGACGAGGAAUUCCAAGACAUUCGAUUUGCAAGAAAAGGCGUUAUCUGUUUGUACCAAAGGAGGGUAAUCUAAAUCACCAGUUUGAUAACAUUUUUCACAGAAAGAUAACUGGUUAGCAUUGUGUGUGUAGCGCAUAAUAGACAUAAUCUAGAGUGACAGCAAGAGAGUGAUUCCCUGUGGACGCUAAGAGUGAAGAGCGACAAGUGAUUCUAUUCCUGCCGCCGCCAUGGGUCUCGGGAUCGUGGACAUAUUGUUGCUGACGCUGUCGGUGUUGGUGAGCGCGGUGAUCGGCCUCUACCAGGGCUACGUGGGGCGCCGCGCCACGCCCGAGGGCUACCUCAUGGGCUCGAGGAAGAUGAGGCCCCUGCCGCUGGCCAUGAGCAUGAUGGUGGGCACGGUGUCGGCCAUCACCAUCAUGGGCAACGCGGGCGAGAUGUACGCGUACGGCACCCAGCUGUGGAUCAUGGACCUGGGGAUCCUGCUGGCGCUGGUCAUCAUCGCCAAGGUCAUGAUCCCCAUCAUCCACCCCAUGGAGGUCGUCUCGCUGUACGAGUACAUCGAGAAGCGGUUCAACGCCAAGUGGCUGCGGCAGGCCACCGUGGUGCUGCAGCUGGUGGGCGGCUACUUCUUCAUGGGGUUCCUGCUGUACCCGCCCUCCAUCGCCCUGCAGGCCUUCACGGGGCUUGACAUCCUCCUCAACAUCUUCAUCAUGGGUGCCACCUGCACAUUCUAUUCAGCCAUUGGUGGUGUGAAGGCGGUAGUGUACACAGACGUGUUCCAGGCCCUAGUCAUGCUGGCGGGCGUUUUAGCCAUCGUCAUCAUUGGUUCUCUCAACGUCGGCGGCCUCGACGUCGUGUGGGACAUCGCCUACCACCAUAACAGGACGGAGCUCUUCAACUUUGACUUAGACCCGUAUCAGCGACACAGCUUCUGGCUCUGUCUCUGUCUGGGCUUCUUCUUUGCCCUUGGAUCCUACGGCGUCAACCAGAGCCAGACUCAACGCUUCUUCAGCACCAGGACCGUCCAGGAAGCCCAGAGGGUGCUUUAUUACGCUGCCGGUGGGAUGGUCUUACUCAGAGGCCUGAUCCAUCUCUCGGGGCUGGCCAUCUACGCCCACUUCUACAAGUGCGACCCCAUGGCGAAACCUGGGGCUGAGGAACCCGCUUACGUGGUCAUCCUCUACGUGCUGACGGUGCUGACGAGAGUACCGGGUCUCGCCGGGAUCUUCGUAGCGGCCAUCUAUGCUGCGGUUCUGAGUUCUGUCUCGACGCAGCUCAACUCCAUGACAGCUUUACUGUGGGCAGACUUCCUCAAACCUCAUCCAUUCUUCGCUUCCUGGAGUGAUGUCAAGGCCGGAGCGCUUCAGAAGGUCUUAGUCUUACUCUCUGGGGUCGUGGCCAUCGUCCUGGGUCUGGUCGUGUCUAUGCUAGGGAGGUCCUUCCUAAGGGCGCUCUUCGCGAUCAACGGCGCUCUGUCAGGUCCUCUCAUCGGGCUCUUCGUCGUCGCCCUCUGCAUGCCGUGGGUUAACCUGAAGGGCGCUUCCUCUGGCUUCUUGAUCUCCAUCGUCCUGAGCGUGUGGUUAGCCUUUGGUCAGCUGUUGACUCAGACCAAGGAGCCUUACCUCCCCAUGUCCCAGGAGAGCUGCCCUGCCACCAACACCACGGUUGACAGCGUUGCGAUACAGACGGAGGAAGUGAACAAUGUCCAUGCUAUCUACGGGUUGUCUUACUGCCUCAAUUCCUUCCUCGGGGUAGUAAUCUGCAUUCUUGUGGCCUUGAUCGUCACUCUGUUCACGGGCACCAACUCCAAGGAAGACGUCGACAGGAGAUACGUGAACGAAACGGCGUGGCGGCUCUUCGAAAAAUGGACCCUCAUCCAGGGUAGAGAAUCCCUUAUCAAGAAGGUCCUCCGACGCUCAGCUUCUCCCUCCGUGGAGAAUAAGGAAAAUAAGAAAGUGGAAGAGAAGGAGAUCGAAUUGGGAGAUGCAGAGGAAAAGGAGAUAUUGGCCAGUAACCGAGAACUUUCGGAGGUAAAGGAGGACGGCGACGCGGCGGGUCGAGGAGCCGUCUGAAGUGCAUUGGUUAACUUUUUUCUUUUUCUUUUUUUGAAAUUGAAAGCACAAAUAUCGACGCGGUUCUUUUUCAAGUGCAUGGCAAAAGUUGAAGAGAGUGUUUUGUGAUGGUGUUAAUUUUUUCUUUUCCUACUGUCGGAGAAGAAAUUAAGAAAGAAUUUUAUGAAGUGACUUCUCUCGGUAUAAGUGCAAUGGAAAAGGAACGCAGACAGGAAGACGAAAAGAUUGGUGCAUACGGGACAGGAAGUCAAAUGCAAUUUAUAUUCUUUGUGUCUAAUAUUAAGGAAUAGCAAUUCUUGAAUCUAAUAUAUAUCGCUCUCUUUCCCGAUCUUAGGCUAUAUCAGCAUCUGUGUCUGCGUGUGUGUGUGCAUGUGUUUGAGAGAGAGAGAGAGAGAGAGAGAGAGAGAGAGAGAGAGAGAGAGAGAGAGAGA